AUGGUUCAGGAGGCCUGCUGCGGGGGGCGGUGCGACAAGGCGGCGGAGAAGAAAAUGGCCUGCCACGAAGAAGACGACUGCUGCGGCGCGAGCCACGGGCACGGCGGCUGCUGCGCCCACGAGGAAGAAAGCGCGCCUGUGGAUCUCGAGAGCAUCGUAGACGCCGGCGAAGAAGUCACCGACGGCGACAAAGGCGUUUUCAAAAAGAUUCUUAAGGAGGGCGACGGUCCCACGCCGCAGCCCGGCGAGGAAGUCGUGGUGCACUACACAGGAACGCUCAAGGAUGGAACGAAGUUCGAUUCAUCGCGAGACCGCAACGCUCCGUUCAAGUUCGUCAUCGGCGAAGGACAAGUCAUCCGCGGGUGGGAUGUCGGCGUGAUGAAGAUGAAGCGUGGCGAGCGCGCCAUGCUAACGAUUCAAUCGAACUACGGAUACGGCUCGCGAGGGGCGCCCCCGACUAUUCCCGCCAACUCCGUUUUGAAGUUCGACGUGGAGUUGAUUGACAGCCACCCGAAGCCGAAGAACAAAUGGGAGAUGACCGCCAGCGAGAAGUUGGAGGCGGCGAAUCAGGAGAAGGAGCGAGGCAACGACGCGUUCAAGAAGGGCGCCUUCGCAGAGGCUGCCUCGAACUACCGCGAAGGCCUCGACUUCUUCGACUACGUCGACAACUGGAGCGACGAAGAGCGCGCGCAGCAGAAGCGCCUCGAGCUACCCCUCCGCCUCAACCUCGCCUCCUGCUACAACCGCCUCGGUCAGUACACGGAGGCGAUUGAAGAGACUACGAAGGCCCUCGCCAUCGACAGCGAAAGCAGCAAAGCUUGGUUUCGCCGUGGUGUCGCGCGCAUGGCUGUCGGCCUCCUGGACGAGGCACGCCGCGACUUCGUGCAGGCCGCGAAGCUCGACCCGAAGAACGUUGAGAUUCGUCGCGAGUUGGAGAAGUGCAAGAAGAAGCUGGAGGAUAUCCGGCAGAAGGAGAAAUCGACUUUCGGCAACAUGUUCAAAAAGGUUGACCUGUACACGGAGAAGCAAGGCGUCCGCGACCUCUCCAAGUGCCCCAGGGUGUACAUGGACAUCAAGGUUGGAGACGCGGAGCCGAAGCGAGUCGUGUUCGCCCUAUACAGCGACACAGUUCCCAGGACUGCAGAAAACUUCCGAGCUCUCUGCACAGGCGAGAAGGGGGACGGCAAGAAGGGAAAGCCUCUGUGCUUCAAGAACUCGCUCUUCCACCGCAUUAUUCCGGGCUUCAUGAUGCAAGGAGGCGACUUCACCAACGGCGACGGCACGGGGGGGGAGUCGAUCUACGGACCUCAGUUCGACGACGAGAAAUUCGUGGAUCAGCACACCUGUCGCGGCCAGCUCUCCAUGGCGAACUGCGGCCUCAACACGAACUCUUCGCAGUUUUUCAUCACCUUCGGCCCCGCGCCGCAUCUGGACGGCAAGCACGUCGUCUUCGGUGAAGUCGUCGAAGGCCAGGAUGUCUUGGAGCAGGCCGAGCAUGUUGAGACUGACAAGACGAACGACCGCCCGAAGCAAGACGUCCUGAUCGUGGACUGCGGCGAGUUGAAGGCCUAG